AACAGGGACAAAAUCAGGAAUUAACUCUCCACUAAUUUUUACUAUAAAUGGCACCUUCGGCUGGGAACCGGACUUUACCUCAUCUUAUCAUCAACUGACCACAAAAACCAUUUGAUUCCUAGAAACCCAAACGCCAUUACUUUCUCAAUUCACUGUCCCUAAUUAUAAUUUAUAUUCUUCUCAUUUUAUUCACUUUCCCCUUCUCUGGUUUAGAUUCGUCUCAUCUCAAAAAACACAAGGACACGCUAAUAGUAGUUUGUUGAUUUCGUUAAUUAGGAAUAUAUAUAGUUUUGAAGCAGAGUAUUCAUGGCGUCAGAUGAAAGUAUGACGAUUCUUUCUUCGAUGCAAGAAGAUGAAUACGAUGAUACGGAUGAUGGGUUUUAUCAUCAGCCUCAUCAUUCAUAUACCCAUAACCUCUCCCGGCUCUCUAUGUGUACCAGCUCCAUGUACACCAACGACGAUUACGAGGGGGAUGAUGAUGAUAACGAUUAUGGUGGUGGUGGUGCCGAUAUGAGGAUCUUCAUGUCAAGAUUGUCUGUAGAAAGUUUCGAUGGUGAUGAUGCCGACGAGGAACUGUCCGAUGUAGAAAAGGAAGGCAAGCAUAAUCAGUUGCUGGGGCUCUCGUCGGACUCUGACAAAGAACCCGGUUGUUAUUCCCUGCCGGUGACGCCGCCGCGGCCGAGGAGAACUCGUGGUGGGUUAGGGGUAAAUCAGGCUCUUGUGGGGGCUAAGGAUUACGCGAGUGAGAAUGAAGCCCAAAAGGGUAUGUUGAAGAGGAAAACGAGGAGGAAUAAUUUGAGAAAGAGGAGGUUAGUGAAGGAGAGUAUUAGUGGGAAAAGUAGUAGAAAGAGAGAAGAAGAAAGUGGGGUUUAUGGGUAUGGAUACGCGUAUGGGGUGAAUUAUAGUGUGAGUGGGGAGAGCGAGGGAGGAGGAGGCGGCGGUGGCGGUGGAGUUGUGGUGAUAACAAGGCCGAAAGGAGGAAGGAGAUCUCUGUGUAUGGACCUGGAAGAAGUAAAGGCUUGCAGAGAUCUUGGGUUUGAGUUGGAGCAUGAGCGAAUGGUGGAGAUGCCGAGUCGAGUUUCUCUGUCAGGGUCAACUCUUGAAACCAGUAGUGGUGGUAAUUCUCCCAUCGCCAACUGGCGCAUCUCUAGCCCUGGUGAUGACCCCAGAGAUGUUAAGGCUCGGCUUAAGGUGUGGGCACAGGCGGUGGCUCUUGCCUCGACUUCUCGCCAUGUUUCCUAAAUUAUCUUUCACAAUCAUACCCACCUUCCUGAUUUUACCACUCCUUACUUCUCUAAACUAUACUAGCUAUUUUAGCCACGAAACGUUUCUAUUUCGUUUUUGAUUCCUACAAAAACCGCCAUUUUGCAUUUUGGAGCUUCUUUCUUUGUUUUCCUGUUCUGGGUUUUUGCUGCUCUGGGAACUUGAGGUUGAGCUUCAAUUGACUCCUCCAAUUUCUCUUAUUUUCUUCUUCUUCUUCUUCUUCUUCUUCUUCUUCUCCUUGGUGUGUAUAUAAUUCUCUUAUGUAAAUAUGACAGAACCAAAGGUGUCCCCAAGCAACAGGCUUUUCUUACUAUAUGAGACGCAGUUCAUCAGCUUAACUAUAUACUCCUAUAUAACCUUCUUGUAGCUAUUUCUAGCUUACUGUACAAGCAUGAGUCACAGUCACCGGGCUUUUCAAUCGUAUCAAUAUACAGUGUGGGUGUUAAUUAUUCCAAAUUUAGAGAACAUGUAUAGCUGCUGCAAUUCUUUUUGGGAAACGCGUGUUAGAUACGGUUGAUUGAUUUUGCAUGCCGUGAUUGUGAUUUGGAGUGUGUUUGUUUAUGAGAAAUUCUAGCUCACUUGA